CUUGCCUCGGUAAAAUAUAGAACAGCGGCCAGGUCCGCCUGGGCACGGCGUCCCGCCUUCCGUACUCCUCUCCCACACCCUACUCCCCCGACUCGCGCGCCCCCUUGCCCCCUUUCUCUGCCAGCCCCCGCCCCUUGUUCCUCUGCUCUUUCCUCCCACAGAUUGCCACCAUGGGUUCAUACAUCUCCCGACUGUCGGAUUCGGCCGCACAGAGCAUGGCCGACAGGCAGCGUGCUGUGAUGGCCGAGCAGCGCGCACACAUGGAGCGGCAAAUCCGUCGUCAGAUUGCCUCGCGCAUUGCCCAGACCCGGGAGAUGAUGCACUGGCAGGGUGGCUUUUGGCUUCUUCUGGCUAGUGGUGUGACCAUUGCUCGCAUCCGCCUUGGCUAUGUCCCGAAGCCGCUCCUUGCGCCGCUCUUUGUCAUGCCCUUCAUGAUGGCCUACCAGUACGACAUGGCGUACGGGACCAAGCUCGAUCGAAUCCGCGAUGAGGCCGACCGAAUCCUCGCGGGCGACGAUUUCUGGAUCUCCGAUCAUGCGCCCGAGCGGGUGUACCACUCGCUUCUGCCGUGGGCCAAGCCGCUUGUGCUCCUCCCCCCUGGCGAGUCGCACCAGCAGAUGGGGCAACUGCAGCCGGUCGCCGAGCAGCCGCACCAGCCGCAGCAGCAGUAGAGCAGCGGGGCAAAUGGCAGUCCAUGUGUUUGAUGCGCCCCCCUUCCUCCCUCCUUCCAUCUCUCUUUCUUUGUCUCCCUCUGCGCUUCCCUCCCCGCGGUCUGAGCCUCUUCGUGCCUUGCUCAAUACAAACCCUCAAUUCCGAA